UCAUCUCGAUCAUCCAGGGAACAUGAGUUAACUCACAGAGGGGAAAGGGAAAGAGAGGGGGAAAAGCAGUAGGUUGAAAUGGAAGAUCACAUACACGUACGAUGGAUGCCACGAUGGUUUUUGUCACAUGCUUCUCUCCACGGUGCGUGGCACCUGCUGUGGCUCUAGCGCAGGAGGAGCUCGGCACCAACUGAGCUGACACCCGACCACGCACCGCCCGAAGAGUUCUGCGGGGUGACCAGGCACCCUUGUAGGGCCUGGUCCUACAAGGGCGGCACACACUUGGCCUCUUUCGCCCAGAUCCUGACAAGUAUCAGAAGUCUGUCCCCAAGGGCACUUAACAGGCUUUCUGUGUAUGCUACCAACUGUGUAUGCUACCAACGACUGCCACUGGCAGAGACCAAGACUCUCUGCUUACGUUAGGCAAUGUUGUCCAAAAGCAAAAACCACAGUCUCCCCGGACGCCCGGGAUGCCUGACUGGGGCCACGGGAUUUAUUUCAGGAGAAUCCGGCAUCGGGGGCAUCGGGGUUUCUCGGUCUGCGCGUGGGAGUGGCCCUGCAGCUUGCUCCCAACCCUCCUCGGGGCCACUUCCCGCAACUGGGCCUGACCCCUGCUCUCUGACCCCUGGGCCGGGGAAGCAUAUGGCGCCCAGGGAGCGGCCCCGCCCCCAAGAUGGCCGCGCCCAUGUGCCGCUGAGGACCGCAGCAGGCGCCACUACCGUUUCUUAUUCUGAGAGCCCGAGGAAGCGGACAGCGCGGCUUUGGGAGACGGAGGUUGCGCAGCAGAGCGGCGCUACAGAGGGCGCUUCGGCCUCGGAGGCGGAUCAGGUUGCAUCGCUGAGACCACUGCUCACCAACUGCAGAUUCCAGCUCACCUGCACCUGAGCUUCCUGGUCUACAGAAGAGCCCGUCUGAGGCCUUGGAAGAUCUCCGCCCUUUGUCCAGGGCAGACCGAGAUGGCCACGGCCCAGGAAUCGUUGACCUUCAGGGAUGUGUGUGUGGACUUCACCCUGGAGGAGUGGCAGCAGCUGGACUCGGCUCAGAAGAACCUCUACAGGGAUGUCAUGCUGGAGAACUACAGCCACCUGGUGUCCGUGGGAUACCUAGGUGCCAAACCAGAUGUGGUCCUCAGAUUGGGACGAGGAGAGGAGGCCGGCAUGACAGAGGGAGAGACGCCAACGUGGAAGUAUCCAGAAUUCUGGCAAGUUGAUGACCAGAUAGACAACCACAAGGAGAGCCAAGACAGACUUCUGUGGCAAACUGCAUUAGUAGACAAGGAAGCACAGAAAGAUCAAAGUGGCCAAGAAUUCACAACCUUCAGAAAAAUCAUUUAUCCAAACACAGACUUUGUUUCGGUAAGACAGAGACUCCCCAAAUAUUAUUCGUGGGGAAGGUGUUCAAAACAUAAUUUAAACUUUCUUUGUCAAAAUAGAAGCUCUAUGAGACAAAAAGAUGAUGAAUAUAAGGUACAUUGGAAAUCAUGCUUCCAUUCUAAUCUUGAUAAAGCUCAAUCAUUUGCAGAGACAUUUUUUGAGCCUAAUGAACAUGGAAAAACCCUCCACCAUAAGCAAGCACUUAAUAAAACUCAAAGAAUUCAAACUAGGGAGAAACUCUAUGAGUGUUCUCAAUGUGGGAAAGUGUUUAUGCAGAAAGCAAACCUCGUGGUACAUCAGAGAACUCAUACAGGAGAGAAGCCUUAUGAAUGCUGUGAAUGUACAAAAGCCUUCAGCCAGAAAUCAACCCUCAUUGCACACCAGAGAACUCACACAGGGGAGAAGCCCUACAAAUGCAGUGAAUGUGGGAAAACAUUUAUACAGAAGUCAACUCUGGUUAAACAUAAGCGAACUCACACAGCAGAGAAACCAUUUGUAUGUGGUGAAUGUGCAAAAGCCUUUAAGAGUUCUUAUCACCUUAUUAGACAUGAGAAAACACACAUUAGACAAGCAUUUUAUGAAGGAGUCCACUGUGGUAAGUCCAGCCUUAUUCAUCAAAGGACACUUAAGGGUGAGAAAACUGAGUGUAAUAAACGUGGGAAACCCUUCAAUGAGAAACACAACCCCAUUAAACACCACACAUUUCAUACAAAAGAGAAACCUUAUGAGUGCAGUAAAUGUGGAAAAAGCUUCAGGGGAAAAUCACACCUCUCUGUUCAUCAGAGAAUUCAUACAGGAGAGAAACCUUAUGAGUGCCGCAUAUGUGGGAAGACUUUUAGUGGGAAAUCACACCUCUCUGUCCAUCAUAGAACUCAUACAGGAGAGAAGCCUUAUGAAUGCAGAAGAUGUGGGAAAGCAUUUGGUGAAAAGUCAACCCUUAUUGUACACCACAGAACUCACACAGGAGAGAAACCCUAUAAAUGCAAUGAAUGUGGGAAAGCCUUCAGCGAGAAGUCACCACUGAUAAAACAUGAGAGAAUUCAUACAGGAGAGAGACCCUACAAAUGCAGUAACUGUGAGAAAGCAUUCAGUAGGAAGUCAACUCUAAUUAAACAUCAGAGAAUCCACACAGGAGAAAAACCCUACGAAUGCAGUGAAUGUGGGAAAGCCUUCAGUGUGAAAUCAACUCUCAUUGUACAUCACAGGACUCAUACAGGAGAGAAACCCUAUGAAUGCAGGGAUUGUGGAAAAGCCUUCAGUGGGAAGUCAACUCUCAUGAAACAUCAGAGAAGUCAUACAGGAGAUAAAACCUAUAAAGAUACUUGAGAAUGAGAUAAUUUAUUAGUCAUGCCUCUUUAGGUAUCCAUUCAUCCUGGGGAGUAACCUUAUAAACAUCAAGAAUGUCAGAAGCUCUUAAUAUGUUAUUUAAUCUUCCUUUAGUACAAUAAAAGGUAUAAAAGCUUAAUUCCAGAAGCAUGUAAUAAAUCUGAUUUUUUUUACCCAGAAUUCUUACCCAUGAGUGGAAAAUUGCACAUCAAAGAAUUCAGAAGUGGCAAAAUUACAAGUGUCUGGAUGUGAGAUGACCUUGAGAAAGAAUUUAAGGGUCAUUGCCUGUCAAGAGUAUUUAAUAAGUUUAGAAAACCAUGUUAGCAAGUAUGAGAGAAACAUGUUCCAUAUUUUUAAAAAGAUUUUAUUUUUUUGAGAGAGUGUGCAAUAGUAAAGGGCAGAAGGAGAAGCAGACUCCCACUGAGUGUGGAGCCAGAUGCAGGGCCCAAUCCCAGGACCCCGAGAUCAUGCCCGGAGCUGAAACCAAGAGUCAGUCACCCAAUCAACUGAGCUACCCAGGCACCCCCAUGUUUCAUAUUCUAUACCAAACAUUUUGUGGGAAAGGUGCAGAGGUUGCAAACAAGCACUUAAAUAUAAAAAACAAGGUUUACUGUGGAGUAGAGUGCAUAUUUGAAAGAACAGUAUAGAACAUAAACCAUUAAUCCUAGUUGGGGUAGACUCCCCCUGUUGUUUCUUAAACAAAUAGAAAAAUUGCUCCCUUAAAAAGCAUGAGAGAGGGAUCCCUGGGUGGUGCAGCGGUUUAGCGCCUGCCUUUGGCCCAGGGCGUGAUCCUGGAGACCCAGGAUCGAAUCCCAUGUUGGGCUCCUGGUGCAUGGAGCCUGCUUCUCCCUCUGCCUAUGUCUCUGCCUCUCUCUCUCUGUGUGACUAUCAUAAAUAAAUAAAAAUUUUAAAAAAAGCAUGAGAGAGGUUGAGUCAUCAGGAUCCCGAAACAAAGGGGCUAGAAGAGAUCUUACAUGUUUUUCAUCAUCUUAAGUACAAAAACGCAAAUCUCACACAAAAGGCACACCUCACUUAGAAACAGUGCUAAAAAUUUAAUAUUCUUUGUCUUUUAAGAAACAGUUCAUGGUGAGGCAAUAAGAGAGCUUUAAUUUUCAGAGUAUCUCCUGUAACGGCAAUAUUUAAAUUCCAAAACAAAUGAAUUGAAUAUCCUGUAAUAGGCAAUUGAUUAAAAUUUGAUAUAUCUUUAAGGUGGGAUAAUACAGACCAAUUAAAAUUAUCUUUAUUAUGUUUGAGGAAAUGUUUAUGGCAAACUAUUAAGUAAAAAACAUUAAAAAACAAUAUACCAUAUGAUUUACAUUAUAAAAAAGUACACAGAAGGCUAUGCACUAUUGUAUCAGUGAUUCUGGGUGGUAGAAAUAUGGCAAAUUUAUGCUGAGUAAAAUUAUAUGCCCAUAUAUAUUUGUAUUUAUAUGUUUAGAUGUGUUUAGGUAGAUACAUAUAUUUGUAUUAUAUUUAUAUAUAUUUUAGGUGUGUGUGUAGGUAGGUAGACACGUAGAACAAAAAGCUAGGAAGGAAAUAUACCAAAUUAUUAAUCAAAUUAUCAUUUGGGUGUUGGGAUCAUUGAUUUUUAAAUGUUUUGAGUGUAGUCUCCAGAGACUAACAAAUUGUUUAAGGUAAUCCUGUGCAUAUUUAAUUCUGUCUUCCCAUCCAUUUUCCCUUUCAGCUUUGUAUUUGAUCUUGAGAAUAUAUUUUGCAUGUUGAGAAUGGGUAUCCUGAGAUUUUAAUAUCUGUAUGUGAUUUUUUUUCUAUAAGAAUAAAAAUAUCUCCACAGUUCACCAAAUCCUGUGACAGAAGUUGUCAGCUAACAGAUUUAACAGAUGAGAUAUAGUGAAUGGUCAAAGAAACCACAAGUAAUGAGACAAAACUGACUUCGGACACCAAAUGUAAAGCUCAUUUCACUGUGAUAUCGGUGAAUGCUUUUUGCUCAUAUUCAUUCCUUCUCGUCCUAGUAUCAGCAGUUGUAUCAGGCACAUCCUAGGUGACCCCAGUGAACUGUGCCCUAUGUAAAUCCUCUUCCCUUGAGUGUGGGCAAAACAGACUUGCAAGGCAGGGAAAGAUGGCGGAAGAGUACAGUCCCCAAGUCACCUGUCCCCACCAACUUAACUAGAUCACUUUCAAAUCAUCCUGAAAACCUAUGAAUUCAGCCUGAGAUUUAAAGA